AUGGCUUCUUCAUCGAAACCCGAAAGGACAUACCAUGUGUUCUUAAGCUUCAGAGGUGAGGACGUCCGGAACAACUUCCUCGGUCAUCUAUACGGGGCUCUUGACCAGAAAGGAAUCUACACUUAUGUGGAUAGCGAGGAGCUUAGGAAAGGAGAGCAGAUAGCGCCGGGGCUUAUGAAGGCGAUCGAGGAAUCGCAUAUCACGAUCAUCAUUUUCUCCGAUGAUUAUGCUUCCUCAUGGUGGUGUUUAGAAGAGGCGGCGAAAAUCAUGGACUGUAAGGAAGAAAGAGAUCUCAUGGUCUUUCCCUUAUUUUACAAAGUGGAUCCAAGAGAGGUGAGGACACCGAGAGAGAGAUACAGAAAAGCAAUGGUUAAGCAUGAGUCCAAGUUCGGGAAGGAUUCAGAGAAAGUGAAGAGAUGGGAGAAAGCUCUUUCCGAUGCUGGUAGCUUGUCCGGGUGUCAUUUGACAUUCGGGUAA